AUGUAGUUUGCUUAAUCGCAGCCGUUUAUCGUCGCCUUUCCGGAGUUUUUCCGUGCCUCCGUCGAUUCGCUCCAUCCAUCGAUCCCAUUCUCGUCGCCCCUCAGCCGCUGCUCCGUGUCCCACCGCCGAUACAAUCCUCGUCGCCCCUCAGCCGUCGCUCCGUGUCCCAUCGUCGAUUCGAAUCCCUCCGCCGAUCCCAUCCUCGUCGCCCCUCUGCCGCUGCUCCGUGUCCCUCCGUCAAUCCAAUCGUCGUCGCCCCUCUGCCGCUGCUCCGUGUCCCUCCGUCAAUCCAAUCGUCGUCGCCCCUCUGCCGCUGCUCCGUGUCCCUCCGUCAAUCCAAUCGUCGUCGCCCCUCUGCCGCUGCUCCGUGUCCCUCCGUCAAUCCAACCGUCGUCGCCCCUCUGCCGCUGCUCCGUGUCCCUCCGUCAAUCCAAUCGUCGUCGCCCCUCUGCCGCUGCUCCGUGUCCCUCCGUCGAUCCAAUCGUCGUCGCCCCUCUGCCACUGCUCCGUGUCCCAUCGUCGAUUCGAAUCCCUCCACCGAUCCUAUCGUCGUCGCCCCUCUGCCGUUGCCGUCAAUUCGAAUCCAUCCACUCCUCGUCGCCCCUCUGCCGCUGCUCCGUGUCCCUCCGUCAAUCCAACCGUCGUCGCCCCUCUGCCGCUGCUCCGUGUCCCUCCGUCGAUCCAAUCGUCGUCGCCCCUCUGCCACUGCUCCGUGUCCCAUCGUCGAUUCGAAUCCCUCCACCGAUCCUAUCGUCGUCGCCCCUCUGCCGUUGCCGUCAAUUCGAAUCCAUCCACUCCUCGUCGCCCCUCUGCCGCUGCUCCGUGUCCCUCCAUUGAUUCGAAUCCCUCCGCCGAUCCAAUAGUUGUCGCCCCUCUGCCGUUGCCGUCAAUUCGAAUCCAUCCACUCCUCGUCGCCCCUCUGCCGCUGCUCCGUGUCCCUCCGUCGAUCCAAUCGUCGUCGCCCCUCAGCCGUCGCUCCGUGUCCCAUCGUCAAUUCGAAUCCCUCCACCGAUCCCAUCCUCGUCGCCCCUCAGCCGUCGCUCCGUGUCCCAUCGUCGAUUCGAAUCCCUCCACCGAUCCCAUCCUCGUCGCCCCUCUGCCGCUGCUCCGUGUCCCAUCGUCGAUUCGAAUCCCUCCACCGAUCCUAUCGUCGUCGCCCCUCAGCCGUCGCUCCGUGUCCCAUCGUCGAUUCGAAUCCCUCCGCCGAUCCAAUCGUCGUCGCCCCUCUGCCGCUGCCGUCAAUUCGAAUCCAUCCACUCCUCGUCGCCCCUCUGCCGCUGCUCCGUGUCCCUCCGUCGAUCCAAUCGUCGUCGCCCCUUUGCCACUGCUCCGUGUCCCAUCGUCGAUUCGAAUCCCUCAACCGAUCCUAUUGUCGUCGCCCCUCAGCCGUCGCUCCGUGUCCCAUCGUCGAUUCGAAUCCCUCCACCGAUCCCAUCCUCGUCGCCCCUCAGCCGUCGCUCCGUGUCCCUCCGCCGAUCCAAUCGUCGUCGCCCCUCUGCCGCUGCCGUCAAUUCGAAUCCAUCCACUCCUCGUCGCCCCUCUGCCGCUGCUCCGUGUCCCUCCGUCGAUCCAAUCGUCGUCGCCCCUUUGCCACUGCUCCGUGUCCCAUCGUCGAUUCGAAUCCCUCAACCGAUCCCAUCCUCGUCGCCCCUCUGCCGCUGCUCCGUGUCCCUCCGUCGAUCCAAUCGUCGUCGCCCCUCUGCCGUCGCUCCGUGUCCCAUCGUCGAUUCGAAUCCCUCCGCCGAUCCCAUCCUCGUCGCCCCUCAGCCGUCGCUCCGUGUCCCUCCGACGAUCCAAUCGUCGUCGCCCCUCUGCCGCUGAUCCGUGUCCCAUCGUCGCUUCGAAUCCCUCCGCCGAUCCUAUCGUCGUCGCCCCUCAGCCGUCGCUCCGUGUCCCAUCGUCGAUUCGAAUCCCUCCGCCGAUCCUAUCGUCGUCGCCCCUCAGCCGUCGCUCCGUGUCCCAUCGUCGAUUCGAAUCCCUCCACCGAUCCCAUCCUCGUCGCCCCUCAGCCGUCGCUCCGUGUCCCUCCGACGAUCCAAUCGCCGUCGCCCCUCUGCCGCUGCUCCGUGUCCCAUCGUCGAUUCGAAUCCCUCCACCGAUCCUAUCGUCGUCGCCCCUCAGCCGUCGCUCCGUGUCCCAUCGUCGAUUCGAAUCCCUCCACCGAUCCCAUCCUCGUCGCCCCUCAGCCGUCGCUCCGUGUCCCUCCGACGAUCCAAUCGCCGUCGCCCCUCUGCCGCUGCUCCGUGUCCCAUCGUCGAUUCGAAUCCCUCCACCGAUCCUAUCGUCGUCGCCCCUCUGCCGUUGCCGUCAAUUCGAAUCCAUCCACUCCUCGUCGCCCCUCUGCCGCUGCUCCAUGUCCCUCCGUCGAUUCGAAUCCCUCCGCCGAUCCAAUCGUCGUCGCCCCUCUGCCGCUGCUCCGUGUCCCAUCGUCGAUUCGAAUCCAUCCGCCGAUCCAAUCGUCGUCGCCCCUCUGCCGUCGCUCCGUGUCCCAUCGUCGAUUCGAAUCCCUCCGCCGAUCCAAUCGUCGUCGCCCCUCUGCCGUUGCCGUCAAUUCGAAUCCAUCCACUCCUCGUCGCCCCUUUGCCGCUGCUCCGUGUCCCAUCGUCGAUUCGAAUCCAUCCGCCGAUCCAAUCGUCGUCGCCCCUCUGCCGUCGCUCCGUGUCCCAUCGUCGAUUCGAAUCCCUCCGCCGAUCCAAUCGUCGUCGCCCCUCUGCCGUUGCCGUCAAUUCGAAUCCAUCCACUCCUCGUCGCCCCUUUGCCGCUGCUCCGUGUCCCAUCGUCGAUUCGAAUCCCUCCGCCGAUCCAAUCGUCGUCGCCCCUCUGCCGUUGCCGUCGAUUCGAAUCCAUCCACUCCUCGUCGCCCCUCUGCCGCUGCUCCGUGUCCCAUCGUCGAUUCGAAUCCAUCCGCCGAUCCAAUCGUCGUCGCCCCUCUGCCGUCGCUCCGUGUCCCAUCGUCGAUUCGAAUCCCUCCGCCGAUCCAAUCGUCGUCGCCCCUCUGCCGUUGCCGUCAAUUCGAAUCCAUCCACUCCUCGUCGCCCCUUUGCCGCUGCUCCGUGUCCCAUCGUCGAUUCGAAUCCCUCCGCCGAUCCAAUCGUCGUCGCCCCUCUGCCGUUGCCGUCGAUUCGAAUCCAUCCACUCCUCGUCGCCCCUCUGCCGCUGCUCCGUGUCCCAUCGUCGAUUCGAAUCCAUCCGCCGAUCCAAUCGUCGUCGCCCCUCUGCCGUUGCCGUCGAUUCGAAUCCAUCCACUCCUCGUCGCCCCUCUGCCGCUGCUCCGUGUCCCAUCGUCGAUUCGAAUCCCUCCGCCGAUCCCAUCCUUGUCGCCCCUCUGCCGCUGCCGGCAAUUCGAAUCCAUCCACUCCUCGUCUCCCAUUUGCCGCUACUCCGUGUCCCUCCGCCGAUAGAAUCCUCGUCGCCCCUCUGCCGUUGCCGGCAAUUCGAAUCCAUCCACUCAUCGUCGCCCCUCUGCCGCUGCUCCGUGUCCCUCCGUCGAUCCAAUCCUCGUCACCCCUCUGCCGCUGCUCCGUGUCCCAUCAUCGAUUCGAUGCCAUCCCAACCUCGUCGACCGACCGUUUUUUCUGUAUCCUGUUGCAACCUCAGAAAUCUCCCUCCGUCACAUUGA